UAUAUAGUCUAUACCCACAAAAAUAUUCCGAUUUAAUAAAGAACCUAUAACCUACAGGUAUAUAUGUAAAAGUAUAAAAACUGCCAGAGAUGGCAGCACUGAACCCCAACAACCAGCAACAACAUGACAAGAGAAUAAUAGGAUUCGAUUGUGUGUUUGUGGAACCUCCACCAGAACGAUUCGUCCAGUCAGACUGUCCAGUUUGUCUCCAGAUCAUUCGAGAGCCCCACCAGGUCACAUGUUGUGGAAAAAAGUUUUGCAAAGCUUGUAUUGAACAUAUCAAAGUAAUUAAAAAGCAGUGCCCAACUUGCAACGAGGAAUUUUCAAGUUUUGCCGAUAAAGGUUUGAAACAAUCACUCUAUGGGUUGAAAGUUCGCUGUGGCCACCAGAAAGACGGGUGUGAGUGGACGAAGGAACUGAGACAGCUUGAUGAGCACCUCAACACAGAUCCACAGCCAGAGAAACAACUCGAUGGAUGUCAGUUUGUCGAGAUCGAUUGCAUCUAUAAUUGUGGAAACCAACGUCAGCGAAGGUACAUUCAAGUCCACCAAAUUAAGGAUUGCCCCAAACGUUCAUUCAGUUGUGAGCACUGUCAUGAUUACAAGUCUACCUAUGAUGAUGUCACCAAUAACCACUGGCCUGUGUGUGGGUCCUUCCCUGUCCCCUGCCCUAACCAGUGUGGUUCAAUUAUCCAACGUCAGAAUAUAGACAGCCAUGUUGCCGAUGAGUGCCCCCUGACCACCAUCAACUGUGACUUCCACCACGUAGGUUGUGCUGUGAAACUCCCUCGGCAAGACAUGCCAGAACACCUGAGAGAAAACCUACUCACACACAUCUCUCUAUUAGCCACCAAUAAUGCCAAGCAACAAGCUGAGAUUACACAACAAAGAGAAGAAAUCACUAAGCAACAUGCUAAGAUUACACAACAAAGAGAAAAUAUCACUAAGCAACAAAAUGACAUUGCUUGUUUAGUUAAAGAGAAUGAACAGCUAAGGAUAAAAAAUGCCAAAUUGGCGCCAUUGCAGCAAAUCCUCACCGUGAACUCUAGACCUCUUGGUGCCCCUGUCCUUACAAUGACCAACUUCCAACAGCACAAGAGAGAUGACGAUAUUUGGAAUUCCCCUCCAGUCUACACCUACCAUCAGGGCUACAAGAUCUGUCUCGAAGUGUACGCUAACGGCAGGAGCACUGGUGAAGGAACACACGUCUCUGUGUCUAUGCACCUCAUGAGAGGAGAGUUUGACGAUUCUUUGAAAUGGCCAUUUCGUGGUGUGAUAUCUAUUAAACUACUGGACCAGGUCAACGGAAAGGAUAAUAAAACAUACACAAACAUCUAUGAUAACAAAGUACCUAACAGGACCUGUGCCAGAGUGAGGGUGGGAGAGAGAUCAGUGGGGCGGGGAUAUUCAAAGUUCAUUGCUCACACUAAACUGGAGCCCAACUAUUUACGAAACGACACCCUUCUCUUCCAAAUACACAAAGUAGAACUGAAGUAGUUACUAAAGAAGUGAUUAAACAAUUAAACGAAAUUAAUGUAAAAUUAAUGUGUAUUGAACUUGGCUGUUCAUUUGUUUGC